UGGAGCGCGGGGUUGCAUCACUCAGAUCUUAUCGCUGCCGAUCGCGGUGCCCGGCCGUCCAAAAUUUCCCGGCAAGGAAACGGACGAUUGCGACUGAUUGAACGCCCGCAACGGUGCAGCCAGGGACACAACUCUUGCUGUCAGGCGGAAAGGUCCCCAAGAUACCCAAAAUGAGCUCCUCCCAGCCGGCGAUACGGUGGGCAGCCUUCACGCGCGACACCAAUGAGACCAAGAUCCAGAUCGCAAUCAACCUGGACGGCGGCGCAUUCCCACCAGACACCGACCCGCGGCUGCAAGUAAGCGGCGCCGACGGCCACGCCUCGCAGUCGAGCAAGUCGCAAACCAUCAGCAUCAACACCGGCAUCGGCUUCCUCGAUCACAUGCUCCACGCGCUGGCGAAGCACGCCGGCUGGAGUCUCGCGCUCGCCUGCAAGGGCGACCUGCACAUCGACGACCACCAUACGGCCGAAGACGUGUGCCUGGCGCUGGGGUACGCGUUCGCGCGGGCGCUGGGCACGCCGACGGGUCUCGCGCGGUUCGGGCACGCGUACGCGCCGCUGGACGAGGCGCUCAGCCGGGCGGUGGUGGACCUGUCGAACCGGCCGUACGCCGUGGUGGACCUGGGCCUGCGGCGCGAGCGGAUCGGCGACCUCAGCACCGAGAUGCUCCCGCACUGCCUGCACAGCUUCGCGCAGGCGGCGCGCAUCACGCUGCAUGUCGACUGCCUGCGCGGCAGCAACGACCACCACCGCGCCGAGAGCGCCUUCAAGGCGCUGGCGGUCGCCGUCAGGCAGGCCACCUCCCGGGUGGCUGGCCGCGAGGGCGAGGUGCCCAGUACGAAGGGAACGUUGAGUGUUUAGGCGUGGUUGGAGGGUGUGAUGAGGGACGUGGGAUACAAGGUGUUGUUGAUAGAGCUGGGCUGGGUGUUGGAGUCAUAACCAUCAUAAAAUACAAUACACUGCGGGUUGGCGGCGGGUUGGCGGCGUUUGGAUAACUGAUGGUUGUCUCUGUUCUCCUAUGCGGAAACAUAUUCAGCCGGCCAGGGGUAGCAGUUUUGUGCGAGUUCCAUCGACAGAGGCAAAACAAAUCCCCAAUGAUCUAGAGACAUUCUAUUCUCAUUUCCCUGCGUGUUCUGCUUCCAACUCCAGAAGAAAGCUCGAUGGUGAUGCU